UGAUUGGAGCCUCCAGACGCAUUGUGCUCAAGAGCACUCUGGCCAGCAUUCGUGUCAGCGCACCUUCAGCACGCUUGUUCUCUUCUGGAUAUGCAAGUGUCCUACAGACUCCCAAGCGCUCUCAAUUGUUUGGUCUGAUUACAAAGGCGUCCCAAAAUAAUGGCACACGCGCUGGAGGAGCUGCUUUGUUACAUCAUGCUAACGUCCGUAGCUAUGCCACCAACACCGAAGACGCCAUCCCCGCCGAAAAGUCGGAAUCACUCCAGGUCCUCGAAUCUGUCGAACCUACAAAGGCUGCCGAGGUUUCUAGUACUUCCGCUGGAGAGACAUUGAUGACUGACGCCACUAGCGCCCCUGCUCAAACCGCCUUGGAUCAGAUCGCACAGACUUCAAGCGAAAGCAUUAUCCAGACAGCUGCACAGUUGGGAGAUUUCAAGGCAAUGGGAUUGUGCAAUUUUACACCCGUAGGUGGACUUGAGGCUAUGUUAGAGGCUAUUCAUGUAUACAGUGGCCUUCCCUGGUGGGGAUCCAUUGCUGUAGCUACCAUUGUUGUUCGUCUUGCACUUCUUCCUCUCAUGAUCAAGAUCCAGCGCAACAAUGCCAGACUUAUGAAUAUCAAUCCUGAUGUGACUCGUAUCAUGGCUAACCUUAAGGCCGCUCAGGCACAGGGUGAUUCAAUGGCAACUGGAAAGUAUACACACGAGAUCCAGGAUCUUUUCAAGAAGAACGAAUGUCACCCUAUGAAGUCCCUUGCUCUCCCCAUUGUUCAGAUGCCCGUCAUGAUUUCUUUCUUCAUGGCCCUUAGAGCAAUGGCAGAACUUCCUGUUCCUGGAAUGCAUGAUGGUGGUAUGCUGUGGUUCACCGAUCUUGCUGACAAGGAUCCCUACUAUAUUCUUCCUGUUGUCAGUGCUGCCGGUGUUAUGGCCGUGUUGGAGGCUGGUACCGAGGCUGGUGCUGCUAACCCCCAGAGCAAGGGUAUGAAGAACCUCUUCCGUGGUUUGACCGUUGUUAUGGUUCCUUUUACCGCAUGGAUGCCAAGUGCUGUCUUUGUGUACUGGGUUACAUCCAACGCCUUUUCUAUUUUCCAGAUUCUUGGUUUGAAGAACCAAAGCGUCAGAAAUGUAUUGAACAUUCCUAAAUUGGUAAAGCCUCCAGCAGAGCUCCAGAAAGACACCAAGGGUUUCUUUGAAAACUUUAAGGAGCAACAAGUUCUCCAUGAGAAGUCUGAGAAGGAACGUGUUCUUCGUGAGCGUCAACAAGCAGCAGCCAUGGCACGAAGAGCCUCCAAGCGCCGUUUCUAAACAUAAACUGGAGUAUAGUGCUUCCCCAUUUUUUAAUUGAAAUAGAUCCUUCUUAAUUUACCAUUUUCACAAAACAAAAUAAAACUGUAGACAUUCAUUAU